GACCAUUAUUGUAAAACGUUUACUCUGCAGAUUCCAAUGUUGCAUCAGGUGAAGAACAGAGAGAAGACCCAGUGAUAGAGAUAGAGAGAAACGAUGAGUGUCAUUGGAAGCAAGAGCUGCCUUUUCUCCGUGACGAGUUACUCCCGAGAAAAUGAGAAAUCUUCUUGGCUCAAUUCGAUUAAUAAAUCAUCGAUUGAUGCAAGAUUUCCGAGAAAUCUGGGCAGAGCAGCCGCUGUUUCCUGCAAAAUCUCAGGGAGUGGAGUUGGAGAGAAUCCAGGAACGAAUGGAGUUUCUCUCAGCUCCAAGAACAAGAUGGAGGAUUACAAUACAGCUAUGAAGAGACUGAUGAGGAGCCCGUAUGAGUAUCAUCACGAUCUGGGCAUGAACUAUACAUUGAUAAGAGACGAACUGAUAGUUGGAUCACAGCCGCAGAAACCUGAAGAUAUAGAGCACUUGAAACAGGAAGAGAAUGUUGCCUACAUACUUAACCUGCAACAAGACAAGGACAUUGAGUAUUGGGGAAUCGAUCUCGACUCUAUUGUCAAUAGAUGUAAAGACCUUGGAAUCCGUCACAUGAGAAGGCCCGCAAAAGACUUUGAUCCACUGUCGUUAAGAAGCCAGCUUCCAAAAGCUGUUUCUUCUUUGGAAUGGGCGGUUUCGGAAGGUAAAGGACGAGUCUAUGUGCAUUGCACAGCCGGAUUAGGAAGAGCUCCUGCGGUUUCCAUUGCUUAUAUGUAUUGGUUCUGCGACAUGAACCUGAACACGGCUUAUGACACAUUGGUAUCAAAGCGUCAAUGUGGUCCUAACAAAGGAGCUAUCCGCGGAGCGACAUAUGAUCUGGCGAAGAACGAUCCGUGGAAAGAGCCCUUUGAGAGUCUCCCUGAGAACGCAUUCGAGGACAUUGCAGAUUGGGAAAGGAAAUUGAUUCAAGAACGUGUUCGGGCCAUCCGUGGAACCUGAAAUUCAGUAGAUCAUAUGAAUCGUUUCAAAUAAUUAUCAGAUCUUUUGUAUAUCGGAAUAAGCUACUAAUGUUUACAAAGUCUCUUAUGUGUGUUAAUCUGCAUUGUUGUCUUCUUCUCAAUGUCUACAAUACAUGAGGUAUUGCUCAAGACUUGCUGAAAAUGAUCUUAGCUCUCCC